AUGAAUCCGAAACCUGCCGAAAAAGGUGAAAUCAUCGUCGACGACAUUCUCAGUGACCCCGAAUACAUUGCCGCUCACGGAUUCAACGUGGAAUAUCUUAUGAUAAUGGAAGACAUGGCGCUGAAUGAUGUGUUUUCAGUUGCCAAAUGGACUGGACAUAAAUACGCUCUUCGUCGGAAGUUGAUGCUGUGGGAAGACGGAAUACUUUUCCAGAACAAUGCUUCAGCAUCCGAACCAGUAGCUGGGACCUCGCCUGAAACAAGUGCUGAUCUACCCACGGCCCAUACAUCGACACAAAUGGAUAAAACAAAGUUAAUUUCAAAAACGGUAACAAGUGCAGUAUUGGACUCAAUAUUGGAGCGCAACGAGAAGGGAAAAAUUGUGUGCAAUUACUAUCGGGAUCAUCAUUUUCUAGAUAAAGUUCACCGAAACUUUCUCGCACACACAAUAGUGGAUUAUUACAUCGCUAAUCAAACGUAUUUCAAACCAGCCGAUAUGGCUCAAUUUUCAGAAUUGAUAGCCGAACGUUUUAAACCAGAAAUCGCCAUAACAUAUUAUAAUCCACGUGACAUUUCUGCUGGCAAAGAUCAUACAUCCGGCGCGCUCUAUGAUCGAUUUCAUAACCGAAGACACCUUAACCGACCUCUUGUUCCAUGCACCAAACGAAAGCAAUCCAAAGUCAAAAUCGCAUCUUUUCUCUCGGAGCAACAAACAGCUGCAUCACAACUGCAAGAAGAAGAUAUCACUAAAUUGGACGCCAUCAAAGCUUGGUUGCGAAAUAAUUUUGAUAAAAGUGAUAACUUCUCGAAGCAGUGGAAGGACUCGAUCCUGCUGAGGCUGAGAAGCAUCCUUCAAGAUACAAACAUUAAUAAAUCGACAGUUCUUUUGGAGUGGCCUCGUUACCUUGAUGAGAACGGAUAUUUGUUGAUUGAUUCGGACUUUAAUUUCCUAUACCAAAAAUCAGACGACCAGUGUAAUCUUUUCAACAAGUGGGAAUGGUUUUGUACAAAUUUCUAUGAAUACAUUUUGUCCAGUGCCCUCAAAGACCAAUAUUCAAUUCAUUUGUUGAGCGUGCUGGAAAAUGGAAACUGUUCGCAGGAUUCUCGUGAUUUUAUUCUAUGUGCCGUUUUCCAUGCCAUAAUUAAACCAGUAAGAACAUCCGCUACAAAGUUACCGACAAUACUACAAGCUCAACUGGACACCUGUUUGGUUUGCAACACACAAGAGGUCUUGUCGAACUCGUUGCAGGUCCAACGAGAGGAGUUUGAAAAAGCUGAUAUUCAAUUCGCACCGAGAAUUUAUGCAGUAGGAUCAACCGAACGCCUUGAAUGUUUCUAUGUUGUUACACACAACUUGCAGUAUAAGCUUCCAUCCUUCGUGCGUUGCCUAGACGUGGUCGUAAAACUGAAAUACACAUUGGAUUUGAACUUUUCGGAAAGCGCUGAGCUCUUCUGGGCCUUCCUAAGCCGAUAUUUCUACGGUGUUGAAUACAACAACAAAUCGAAGAAUACCCAAGUGCUACAGUUGCUGGAUUAUUUGCAAAAGCGAGAAGUAUGAACUGUUUCUUGUGCGGACACACAUUUGCGUCGCAACGAAGUCUUUUUGAUCAUCUUACUAUUCUACAUGGAACGCCACCCACAUUCAACUACAAAUGCACAGCGUGUGCACCAAUUGUUUCCUUUCCUGAGUUGAAAAGGUACAAAAAGCUUGUUUGUACAACGCAUGCCAAACUUUGCACAUCAGAUGUCAAUUCGGAAAAUCUACCCAUCACUAUUACUUCAGUGCUCGAUCAAAAUUCGCAAGGUGAGUCAAGUGGACACCAAUCAUCAGAUCAGAACAUCGGAGAAUCAAGCGAUCAUCAUCAUCGAUCAUCAGUUCGGAGUAACGACUUCGAAGAGGAAGAACCUGAGAAAAUAAAAACUUUUACUGAAGAAGAUAUUUUAGAUUUAAGAUGCUCUUUAAAAGAAUUAUUUUUAAGUUUUUCGCAAAACCUGUACGGUAAAAAGCAUUUCACAAGAAAAGAUGUAGUCGAGCUUCAGCAGAGUAUUACAGAAAAAAUAGUUAAACCGAUUUGCGAUACUUUCUUAAAAAUAGCUUCUUUUCCAGAAG